AUGACCCUCCCCACAUUUUCCGCUUCUACCACCGCCGAAGAGGCCGCCGACGCGCUCGCGGAGAGCAUCCGGGGGAAGAACGUAAUCGUCACUGGGACGUCUCUCAACGGGAUCGGCUUCGAGACCGCGCGUGUGAUAUCGAAGUAUGCGAAUUUGGUGGUCAUUACGGGGCACAGCGAUGAACGUGCUGAUAGGGCAGAUAUAUUUCGCCGCCCACCGCCGCCCACCAGCCGCCCACCGCCGCGUCACCUAGCCCCAUCGCCGCCCACCUUUGUCACGCUGCCGCAGCAGUCACACGAGUGGGUGGGCGGCGGGGUGGGCGGCGAAGUACAUGAUCUGACGUAA